GAAGCGCAAACGGAACAAACAAAGCUGUUGGAUUUAUCAGUACAGGGAUUGAAUGACGAACAAAUGGGAAAUUUGUUGUUAUUAGCUGAAGUAGCCGGUAAAGUGCCGAAAGCCGAAGUAGCCGCUAAAAAUACAGAUGAAUUUAACGGUCAAAAUUUGACAGUCAAGAUGAACUUAACAGUCAAAGAAGAGAGCUUUAAACGAAAAAGUACGGAAGAAUUGGCGGGAAAGAAAUCGAAAAGGAAGGAACUGCAGAGUGGUGAAUGUCCAGAAGGCAUUAUAGAAGUCCAAGUUCAAAGUUCAAAUUUGAGUUCAAGUUCAGCAAAUAUCAAAGUUCAUGUGGGGGCUCACAUCGCUGGGAGGCCGUACAGUUGUCGGGAAUGCAACAAAAAAUUCUCUCGUUCGUCAACAUUAAAGGAUCAUAGGAAUACUCAUACCGGUAAGAAGCCGCAUAGUUGUCUCAUAUGCAACGAAAGUUUCGCCCAUUCAUCAACUUUGAGAAAUCAUAUAGGAAUUCAUAACGGUGUAAAGCUACAUAAUUGUCGGGAAUGCGAGAAAAGUUUCAGACUAAAACAACAUUUGAAAAAGCAUAUGGAAAUUCACAACAAAAUUAGGCAGCUUUUCAACUGCACUGUCUGCAGUAAAGGUUUCCUGAGUAAAUGGUAG